UAAAAUUAAUGUCGUAUGAAAGCACAGUAGAGUUAAUGAAAUGUGAAGAAAUUGCUCUCACUCAAAUCCCAAUGCUUGAAAAUUGAUGCUAUGGUCUGAUUCUGAAUAGUCUCGCUCUCCGAUUAUUUAUUCCGAUCAGUGUGAUGUGGGACACACUUGCAGAGGAACAGCCAACAUUUCAAUUACAUUGGUGAAAUCUGGGGUGAGGAACUAACCAAGAUGGAUGGUGAAUCUAACGAGCAACAAACCAAGCGAGAACGAUUGAGGACGAGAUGGACACCUGCUCUUGAUAAAAUUUUCGCAGACAUAGUUGUGGAACAGAUUCGACAGGGAAAGAGACCAAACAAUAUUUUCGACAAGAAAACAUGGACUCAGAUCCGCGAGGAAUUUAAUAGACAGACCGGUCUCAGUUUUAAUAACAAACAAUUAAGAAAGCAUCUUAAUGUUCUACGUACUCGUUAUCAUAGUUUCCAAUCCAUGUAUACGCAGAAGGAUACAAUGCCAGAUCCCUGCUACGCAGGUUUUGAGAUGUGGGAAGAUAUCGGGGUAUCUCUCUUAUCUGCACAAGCAAAGAUGGAACCAGCGAAGACAAAGGAAUGCCCUAUUUACGAGCAGCUAUGCACAAUAUUUGCAGAUUCAGGCGUGGAUGGAAAAUACGCCCAAUCAAGCCACUACGGAGGAUUGAACAAGUCAGCUGGAAUUGAGCAGUUUAGUUCGGAAGGUGCAAACCCAAGUCCUAAAACUCCACCCAAGUCGAAAUCUAUGCUAGGAAAUGGAUCUUCGCCCCAAAACGUUAGCAAGAGCAUGGCUGACAAAAAGAGAAAGUGUACUUCCAAAGUUGGAUCCAUCUCUGAUCAAAGUCACGGGCUAAUUGACACUAUGGCUACAACCUUCUUAGAUAUGAUCGAGUCCUCUAGGCUUCGAACAGCCACAAAGCCUCAAAUGGAUGAAAGAUUCACCAUCACUGACUGCAUAAAAGCGCUGGACAAGAUCGAAGGAAUUCAUGACAAACUUUACUUUGCGGCCUUGGAUGUGUUUGAGAAUCCUAAUUUCAGGGAGUUGUUCCUUUCUCUGCAGAACAACUACCUUCGACUAACAUGGUUGCAGGGAAAAUGUGCUCCAUUUAGCUAUUGAGUUCUGGUUCGAUUCGUCUUUUUGACUAAGGUGCAGUAUCUCUUUUGCUUGUAAAAGUACACAGAUCUUUUGAUCCCUUGUAGCAGUGUAUAGGAAUGGGAUUGCUUAACAUGCUCAGGUGUAUAUAGCCCUUAGUUUGUACUCGAAUUGCGCUUAUGUUUAUCAAUGUUCAAUCAUUUAGUAUUUACAUUUAA